ACAAAAGCAACACAGAAGACAAACUGCAGCUGAAAAAUCUUACGCUUUCUGAUCAGAUUCAACACACAAAAAAAACCAACUCACUCUCACCCUCCCCCCCUCUCUCUCUGCGGUUGGGUUUCUCAGAUGAGGGAAUUUAACCGCCAAAUCGAACAUCCAUUAUCAACCUCAUCACUGACAAAACCACCCCGAUGAAAAUAAAAAUCAUGAUCGGCCAUCAUAAUCUCUCAACAUUUCCAUUCAAGUCCUCUUUGUUUUUAGCUCUCCUUUCCCUUUCUCUCUUCCAUCUUUUCUCCAGCCCCUCUCCCAUUUCCCAAACCCUAGCCCCCCAAAACUACAUAGUCCGUUUCAAAGACUACGAGAAAUCGGAUCAUCACCGUCGCUAUUUAGAAUCGAGAGUCAAAUCGGACGGCUGGAAAUGGAUCGAGAGGAGGAAUCCGGCGAUGGACUAUGCCACGGAUUUCGGAGUGUUGGCGAUCCAGAACGAGAGAGUGAUUGGAGAGAUUGAGAGGUUGGAGAUGGUGAAAGAUGUGAACUUGGAUAUUAGUUAUACGAAAAGGGAUUUGCUUGGUUUUGUUGAUGGCGAGAAACGACCUGGCAAGAUGUUUACUUCCAUGUCAUUUAGUGACGCUGAAGAGAGUUAUGCUGUGGCCCAGACCAGUAAUUCUUCUAUUCAUUGGGGUCGCCAACUUUUAGGGCAGAAGUCACAGGUGACUUCCUUGUUUGGAGCAGAUGUUCUUUGGUCAAAAGGGUUUACUGGUCAUAAAGUCAAAAUGGCUAUUUUUGAUACUGGAAUUCGAGCUGAUCACCCGCAUUUCCGCAAUAUUAAGGAGCGAACAAACUGGACCAAUGAAGAUACUUUGAAUGACAAUCUUGGACAUGGAACUUUUGUUGCUGGUGUUAUUGCUGGUCAAGAUGCAGAGUGUCUUGGUUUUGCACCUGAUGCAGAGAUUUAUGCAUUUCGUGUGUUUACAGAUGCACAGGUAUCUUACACAUCAUGGUUCCUUGAUGCAUUUAAUUAUGCUAUUGCAAUCAAUAUGGAUGUGCUAAAUUUGAGCAUCGGUGGACCUGAUUUCUUGGAUCUACCAUUUGUUGAGAAGGUCUGGGAAAUAACAGCUAAUAACAUCAUUAUGGUUUCUGCUAUUGGAAAUGAUGGACCUCUUUAUGGAACAUUAAACAAUCCAGCAGACCAAUGUGAUGUUAUCGGUGUUGGCGGCAUAGAUUACAGCGAUCACAUAGCCCCAUUUUCUUCGCGUGGCAUGAGCACUUGGGAGAUUCCUCAUGGCUACGGUCGUGUGAAGCCCGAUGUUGUUGCAUAUGGACGGGAGAUCAUGGGAUCCAAGAUAAGCACUGGUUGUAAAAGUUUAUCAGGGACUAGCGUGGCUAGUCCUGUGGUUGCUGGUGUGGUAUGCCUACUUGUCAGUGUUAUUCCUGAAAGUGCUCGUAAGGACAUUCUGAAUCCAGCAAGCAUGAAACAAGCUUUGGUUGAGGGGGCUGCUAAGCUCGCUGGUCCGAAUAUGUAUGAGCAGGGUGCUGGAAGAGUUGAUCUAUUAGAAUCAUAUGAAAUCCUGAAGGGUUACCAACCUCGGGCAAGCAUCUUUCCAAGUGUUCUUGAUUUUACAGAUUGCCCUUAUUCCUGGCCCUUUUGUCGUCAACCACUUUAUGCAGGUGCUAUGCCUGUUAUGUUUAAUGCCACCAUUCUGAAUGGAAUGGGUGUCAUUGGCUAUAUUGAAAGUGCGCCAACAUGGCAUCCUGCAGAGGAAGAAGGAAAUCUUCUAAGCAUUCACUUUACUUAUUCAGAAGUUAUCUGGCCUUGGACUGGUUAUUUAGCAUUGCACAUGCAAAUCAAGGAAGAAGGUGCGCAGUUCUCUGGGCAGAUUGAGGGUAAUAUAACUCUUAGGGUGUUUAGUCCUCCAUCUCCGGGUGAGAAGGGCCCUCGAAGCAGCACUUGUGUGCUUCAGCUGAAACUAAAAGUGGUUCCCACUCCACCAAGACAGAAGCGUGUUUUGUGGGAUCAAUUUCACAACAUUAAAUACCCUCCUGGAUAUAUUCCAAGAGACUCUUUGGAUGUUCGCAAUGAUAUCCUUGACUGGCAUGGGGAUCACCUGCAUACAAAUUUUCAUAUCAUGUUCAACAUGUUACGAGAUGCUGGGUACUAUGUUGAAACUCUUGGUUCGCCUUUCACAUGCUUUGAUGCUCGCCAAUAUGGGACACUGCUGCUAGUGGAUCUUGAGGAUGAAUACUUUCAAGAAGAAAUCGAGAAACUAAGAGAUGAUGUUGUCAGUACUGGAUUGGGAUUAGCUGUUUUUGCAGAAUGGUAUAACAUGGAUACAAUGGUGAAAAUGCGAUUCUUUGAUGAUAAUACAAGGAGCUGGUGGACUCCUGUUACUGGAGGUGCGAAUAUCCCAGCAUUGAAUGAUCUUCUGGCCCCAUUUGGGAUCGCUUUUGGAGAUAAGAUUCUGAAUGGGGAUUUUUCCAUUGAUGGAGAGCAAAGUCGAUACGCAUCUGGAACUGAUAUUGUGAGGUUUCCAAGAGGUGGGUAUACUCACGGUUUUCCCUUCCUGGAUAGCUCAGAAAGUGGGGCCACCCAAAAUGUGUUAACUUCGGGCACGACCAAGGCAGACUCUUCAAUUCUUGGCCUUGUAGAGGUGGGAGAAGGACGCAUAGCAGUUUAUGGAGACUCCAACUGUCUGGAUAGCAGCCAUAUGGUCACUAACUGUUACUGGCUCCUGAAGAAAAUACUGGAUUUCACAAGCAGGAACAUUAGAGAUCCAUUGUUGUUCCCAGUUUCAGCUAAAAAAGAUGCGGCCCUAUUUGUAGAUGACAAUCAAUUACCUACUCGUCGUACUGAUGUAAAUUUCUCAUCAUAUUCUGCUGUUGUGGGGAAGGAUUUAAUCUGCAAGAGUGACUCCAGAUUUGAAGUAUGGGGAACUAAGGGAUACAAUCUACAUGUUAGGGGAAGGAAUAGAAGACUUCCAGGCUAUCCUCUUAUAGAUCUGGGGAGGGGUUUGAAUUCUACCAUUGAUACUUCCAAUUUGAGGCGUCCAAAGGACACUCAGAAAAAUAAGGUUGACUCGUUGGGAAACAGGACUUGGGGCAUGCUCUCCAGGGAUGAGGCUGAUGUACCAGUGCUAGUAGCUAGUCAUUGGCUCCUACCUGCAGCAGUAGCAAUUACUGGUCAGCCUUUUGUUGUUGAGCAUUUGGCACAUUCGGCAAAGGCGGCGAAGGAGGAGGAGAGGGUCAGGUUCCGGCCGACUUGGCAAUUUAUAGCUAAAAGAACAAUCAUUUUGAUAACUUCUCUCCUAUUUUCUCGCAAUCUGAACUUUUUUUUUUUUAACUGUAACGUUGUUACGAAAUUGAGCGUGCUGUUGCCGGCAUCAUAGUAGAAUUUAGUUGUAUUUGCUGUAGAAUUAAUAUUAUACUUUUGGUCUGGAUGCUUGCAGUGCCACAAAUUUUUAAAGUAAUGAAAUCACCAUUUCACC